UCUGUCUUCCUCAUUCAACCUCAAGACAAAUCUUGACAACCAUCAUGCUCAGCAAGUUACCCCCCGAGCUGCUGGCCAUGGUGCUCAACAAUAUGACUCGAACUGAUCUCAAAAGUCUCUGUGAAGUCUCCAAGGACAUUCAUUUCCUAACUGUUCCUUAUCUGUAUAAGUCCCUGGUCAUAUCAACGACGCAACCAUCAGCUCAGAACAUAACCUCUACAAUUAAAAAGAUCGACCACUCGCACCUAGUUCAUACGAGAGACCUCAGCCUGUGCGGCCCAUUCCAUGGGGAGCCAGUCAAUGGAGGCUGUCCGUUCCAUGACCAUUUGGUUAUCCGGAAUGAACAUCUUGGAUUGGAGGUCAAUCCAUUCGAGCCUUUUUCUCAGUUUAUGGAUGAUCUGCAUCUUGCGGUAUCCACAAUUCCCGAGGACCAGUUGCGGACCUUCAGGUGGGAUCUAGGGACGUGCCUUCCCGAUGAAGUAGCCCAGAGAAUCGAUUUAAUGUUGAGAGAACAGAGUCAAAUUACCUCAAUAUCUCUCAUCGGGGACAGUGACUGCAGGGCGAACAGAAAUGCGUCAUGCAGUAUCCAUCUCGCUCGGCUUUCUAGGGUUCAAUCUCUGUCCUGGAAAGGGCUGAAGCGGUAUGACGAUUUCGAGUCAGUUCGAGAUUUCAUCGCAGCCCAUGGGCCUCACCUGAAGACACUGUAUCUCGAUCUCAUCGGCUGGGACAGUGCCAGACUGACAUGGUCUCGAGGCUUCUUGCAGAAAUUCACGCCGAAUACCAGAUUGCCGGAGAACUUCUUUGCGCAAUCCGUGCUUGGCCUCCAGGGUGGAGAGCUACGGACCCCUCUCCCAGCCCUUCAACGCUUGUCUCUCUCACAAGUAUCCCUCUCUCCCAUGGAGACCGAAUUGGUCGAUGCGCUGAACAUGGGAGCGCUGCGCGCUUUACAACUUUCAAACUGCCCCGGAACAUUCCGCUUUCUGCGACAGACUGUCCGCUCUGGGGUGCCUCUGAAGCUGGAAUCGCUCGAAUUAACAUUCAACCCAGAACAUUUGAACCAGAUCACGGACGAGUCCCAGGACGGUAUCUCGGAGACGGUUGGAGCAUUUCUCAAGUCUUUCGAUGGGUUGAGAGAUAUCCAUCUCAUGCUCCCAGUACCAACCGACUGGGGCAUUAUUAAUGAAGGCACAAUGCAUCACCGCUCCACACUCAAGCACCUGAUCACCCAUGGCCUUGAUAGAACGGAAUACGGGGAUUCCAUGGACACGGAUAUAUUUCACUACACUAUUAACAACCACCUUCUUUCUCCAAGCAUAGACCUCCACUUCUUCGGGGUCUCAAUAAAGAUCGGUUAUUCAUUUGACAUUCACGAGGAGUUCGACCAUCAUGUCACACCGAACCCAAAUAUCAAGAUAUUACACCUCCGAUCAAGCGGCCCCAUGAGGCGCAGGCAAACAGACGAAGAUUCCGCGGAAAUGGUUGCGAUAAGCAAUGAUGCGAUCCUGGAACCAAUAGCCCAAUGGGCUUUCGGGCCGUGUGGGUAUUUGAAUCUGCAGGUUCUGGCCUUCGGUGACUUCUCUUAUGACGGGUACUACAACGAAUAUAAUAUUCUGCUCUGUAGAGACGGCGAUUAUUACCGGAGGAUGACCUCCGCUGAUGUGAGGUAUUGGGAUCUGCUCCGUGAGUAUAUGGGUGCGUUGGGGCUUGUGCGUAUGAUGAGUUGAUUGUUGGGAGGGGAGUGCCUCAAUUCUAAUCAAUCCUAGCAUAUAUCUAUCUAUCUAUCGAUCGAUCUAUCUAUCUAGGUAGGUAGGUAGGUAGGUAGAUAGGUAGGUAUCUGACUAUCAUUGGAUUGAAUUUUGUUUAUCAUGAUGAAAAAUCGGUUACUGCCAUAAUCGAUGAUUCAGAGUCAUGACUGAACAUGGAAUCGUUGUAAGUAGGUGUGGGUGAUGAUGAU